AUGAAAGCCUGUAAGGCUCAAGUUCUCAGAGGCGAGGGUACCGAGCAAGGGUUCAGUGACCCUCCAAAUAUUGAAAUAGAUAUCGAAGAACAGGAUGAUGACUUUAGAUCAUCCAACACAAAUGUUGAAGUUACAGACGAAAUGACAAUGGUGAACACAAAGGUGACCCCCAAGAAACUGAAGAAGAUUUGUCCAGUUUGCUUUAAGGAAGUGGAAGGGAAGGAUGCCUGGACAGCCCAUGUAGUAAAGUGUGCCAGCAGCAUGUUAGUGUGCGAAAGAUGCCAUGUGUCCUUUAAGAAGAAAGAGUAUCUAGCAAAACACAUGAGGUUGAAGCAUGCGGAGAUCGAUACGUCCAAAGAGACAGAGAAAGACAUUCCAGGACCUAGUUGUUCACCGCAGAAUGAUAGUGACAGUGGGAGUGACUGGGAUGAAGAUCCAGAGGUUCAAUUGGAGGAUACUUCCAAGGAAAAAGAACCCCCAGCAGAUAAGGCUGAUACAAUUGACCUGUUGACUGGACGUACGUACAGAAAACGAACUUCCCCUAGUCCUGUUCAAGCUCCUAGAAAAGUGGUUUGUAGAACCGCAGUGUAUCCUGCCCAGGGUGGUGUGGCAGUUGCGACACAGACUGAUGCUGGUGUCGGAAGUACAGUGGAUAAAAAUACCCAGACAGCUGGCUACCGAAAGCGAGUUAAAGAGGUUACCAUCACCAAGUACCAUGAGAAUGGCAGAAGUGUCGAGAACAUUGUAGAGAGAGAGGAGUUUUAUAAUAUGUAG